GGUACGCGAGUCAGUAGCACAUGAGCGCUCGUUCAGCGAGCAUCGUUAGUCGCACGCAAGCGGGAUUUGUAAAAUGUCACCCCGUGAACGAAUAUCGAGCGUGAGAGAAUUUCACUGAAUAUAAUAAUCCAAAUUUUUAAUUCAACCUGUCGAUAUUAAAUUGAACGUGCUGUGUGAAUUGUUUUAUUCUUCAUACGCUGAUUUUUUAUUUGAAAAUUGAUUCUGUUUUCUUUCGGACAAAAUUUUUGUCUCGCGUACAUUGAAGAACUUCUUUUCGCUUUGAUGAUAAAUUUCGUUCACUCCGUGGGAGAAUUACUUGUUGAUACGUGCACGAAGAGUGCCGAGAGUCCGUCAUUGUCGUUGUUAUUGGGGAGGAGAGAGAAUUUGAGAUCAAUUAUUGAAUUGAUUUGGAUAGAUACAGUGACUGAGUUUACAAGGACUCCCGACAUUGUCGUUGAAGAACGAGGAGAGUAAAUUUCUAUGCGAGAGGAGGGAGUGACCAGCGAGCAGUAGAAAAAAAAUCCCCGCGGCAACGACAACGAGAGAGCAAACGAGUGUCUUUUCUUCAGUCACGCGCGAGCUUCGAGCCGGCAAGGAGCUCUCAAAACACUGACAUUGUGUUAUUGAGAGGCAACAUUACACUGGGGCCGCAGGCGAGCUCCCCACGCAUAAUCGAGAAGAGCUCAUUUUUACAAACAUUGAUAUCUCAUUCGUUAAACUGAAGUGGUGAACUCUCGUUGAAGAAAUCAUAAAUAAACAGUGAGGAUUUCCCUGGGGACGGGGGGGAAUCAAAUAAUUGAAGUGUGGAAAUUUAUUCCUUGUGAUUUGAUCGACGUUAGUGAAGUGACUAGGCUCCUAAAAUGGUGCCACAACAGCAGGACAGUCCCACAAACUCCGGGAUGCCCCUGUUUGGAUCCCUCCUCGUGGAUAAAAAUUCAUCAACACCUUACUCAGACGCAACUCAGACCAAGAAGAAUAAUCCAAAUCACAUCAAAAGACCGAUGAAUGCAUUCAUGGUAUGGUCUCAGCUUGAGCGCAGAAAGAUCUGCGAGGUUCAGCCAGACAUGCACAAUGCUGAAAUAAGCAAACGCCUUGGACGUCGCUGGAAGACCCUGAAUGAGAUUGAGAGGAGGCCAUUCAUUGAGGAGGCUGAGAGACUGAGGAGAUUGCACAUGAUUGAGUAUCCCGACUACAAGUAUCGUCCGAGAAAAAAGACGACAAAACCAGCAACAACACCAAAAAUAAAAGAAGUCAAAAAGACAAAAAAAUCAUCACCAUCGUCAGCCUCAACAAGUCCAACGAUAACAACAGCCACAACAACAGUAUCUCCUAAAUCGAGAAAUGACUCGAAUAAUAACACACAGUCACCCGUUAAAAGGCUUCAGGCUCAUCCCACAACGAAUUCAGUAUCAAGGCUCAAGAUAAGAUUAGCACUUGACAAGAGGCCAUCACCGGUUGACUACACACCAGUACCACCAAUCGUCACUGCCAAAGUACCCAGUAGUCCAUCCUGCGAUACACCAGACUCCCCAGAAUCAGCGAGCUUUUACGAGGACAAUUUCUCGGAUUGUGUUACAACGAGUAUCGUGACAACAACCAGUGUACCCGGUGCAUCACCAGGUAUCAUCACCGGACACAAGAUAAAACAGGAGGCAUCAGACCUCGAUUAUCACGAAUUUACGAUGAGUGACAGGCUGUUAUCCUCGGUGCGUGGCUACUCGGAGAUGGAUGCGUUGACGAGAAACUUCCAGUGUCCGUCCAAUAACAAUUGCCAUCUUGAUAAUUUUAUGAUUGUCAAGGAGGAGCCCAUGGACAAUCCAACCCAGUCAACCAAUGUCAUGCUACCGAGCUUACAUUCUAUCAACAAUCAGGUCGUUAAAAUGGAGGAGCAAACAACUCUAACAGGAUCAGACGGCAGCUUAGCUGAUCUUGAUUCACUCACUGAUCUCUUUCACAUACCACCUGGCUUGGACAUUGAUAUGUCGAGUCUUGAUACAUUUGAAACGGCAAGCUCAAGCAGUGGUUCACACUUUGAAUUCACAUCGACACCAGAUGUCACUGAUAUGCUCUCAGACAUUGGUCUCAACAAUGAGUGGGGCAGCUUUUGAGACGACGACGAGGGUGUGGGUGAGGAGAAGCGGUAACGAUUCCAGUUGUCCUCGGGUACUCAGCAGUUCGAUGAUAAAUCACGACUAAUGAACUUCCGUGGGUCUCAUUCGGGAUACUUCCGAUUUUAUGGUGAUGAGGAAAGAGAUGAGAGAUGAGAGAGAGAAUAGAGUGUUCCAAGUCCAUUCACUGCCCUCCCCGUUGUACUCUCCCAUCGAGGUUUCUCUUCCGAAUUCUCGAUAACAGAGAAAUAGUUGAAAACAAAAAGAAAUAUAAAGUUGAGAAAUAAAUCUAGUGAUUAUCUCGAGAUAUAAUAUGGACUCGUAUUGAUUUUUCUUCUUCACUCGUGAGAGUUCUGUCAUCCUUGUAUAAUAGUUAUACCCUAUUUACUUCGAUUUCAGAGUAUAAAUAAAACGUUUUUGUAUAUGUAUUGUAGUAUACUAGUUUCAUAAGGAUACCAUUUUUGUACGAAAGGAAAAGUGGGAAAAGUGUUGGUGAAGUGCAGCGGCAGCCGGGGACAAGGCGAGUAUUGAAGUAUUUUGUUGAUAACAAAAUAGUUGACACUAAAAAGAAGUGAAGUUUGAUUGGUAGAUGCGCCUUGUCUUCGGGCCGCUUGGUAUUUGCCAGUCAUGUAUAUCCCUCUGUUGUGUAUAUCGGUAGAAGCAUAUUCAGUAAUAUAUAACACUCCUUAGAAAGCAAUCCUACGUUUUAAGUACUGAAAAGAUGUUGUUGCCGUUAUGGGCGGUGAGUUUUUUGUGCUGUACAACGCGUGUUGUACUUCAUUUUUUAAGUCAUAUUGAUGAUCGAAGCUGAUUGAUGAAACAAUAAUUGUUUUGAGUCAUUGGCGAUUGAGGGAAAAUUGAAUUUUCUGCGCAAAACGUGUAAUCCUUGAAAUGGUAAUAAUUCAGUGAACUAAAUGGAUUGAAGAGAUAAGUGUUAUUAAUUUAUACGUGAGACAAUUCGUUUUCUUUUCUUGUUUUUGAAGGUGAAUAAAAUUAUUAGCAAUUGAAAGAACCAUAAUUUUGAAUUGUCAUUUUUCUUUUCAGUAUCAGAGCAAUGAUUACAACUGGCUUAACUUGCUUUCCUUAUUCCAUUUGAUUACUGAAUUUUCAUGAUUAUGAUAAGGAUGAUAAGCGUUUAAUGAGUAAUGGUUAUCAUAGGGAAAUUAUUCGAUGAAACUGUCGACAAUUUGUUUUCAUUUAUCGCUGUCGAGAGGAGAUUAUCCUCUCUAGUUUCUAUCGAUCGAACUUCGGAUUUUUCUUUAUGAUUUUUUAGAAUUGUUUUCAAGCGUCGGAAUUAUGAUUUUGAUUUUUUUUAAUUCUCUAUUCAAGAGAGCGUGGAGUGAGUAUCCGGCUGACGAAACUAUAUUAUCAAACUUUGAUCUCAUGUCCUUUACAUUUACUUAAAUAAUUAAUUAAUUAAUUAAUUAAUACUUUAUUCGUUAUCACUUAUCACACUAAUACCAGCCUCCCACUACCAUUUCCUUAUUAUCUAAGUGUAAUGAUUAUUAUUAUCUAUUUACUUUUUUUUUUUCCUUUCUCUUCAAUUCCUGCGCGUUUCGUUGACUUUUUUUUAGUUCUCAUUUGCAGUCAGAUGUCGCACAUCACACGGAAAUUAAUUUCUCUUAUCUGAACUAUUGGACUCGUGAGAGCAUCGAUGAUUAAAUAAUAGGGAAAACAAACGAGAGAAUAAGAGAGUGGAGGUUUCAACAAAGUGGAGGCAACCCUUAAGAACAAC